AUGGCGUGCAGCUUCCCGCGAACCAAGUUCGCGACCUUAACACCCCUCAGUACGCUAUUCAGCUCGUCCGCAACCCAUAAGAAGGGAAUGAAGACCACUACCCCGCGAACGCUCUAUCGAAAUCUCUGCCAACGAACCCUCUCCUCAUCGACGUCAAUCUCCAUCCCGCGCAACCCAUUCGUACUACGACGGCUGAGUACUGCGCCAGGCAGCUGCAGCACGAGCAAGGUUCUCCCGCCUCGUCAGAUAGCCACCAGCACGUUCUCGACGUAUACACACUUGAAAAUGUCCGACGCAGACUACGCGGCGUUCCUGGACAAGGCGAACCAGGACCCCAACGAGGGACACGCCACCACGACCAGCAAGAGCAAGGAGUUCAAGGCGCAAGACAAGGGCGUCGAGGUACCCAAGGCCAUUCAGGACGUGUUGAAGCAGGAUAAAGUGUACAUCUCGGACGCGGAUGAGCCGUUUGUCGGCGUCGCGCUGCAGUGGGAUGAGGCUGGCAAAGGCUUGCCGGACGAAGUCGAAUUCGCGCAACUUAUCGAUCACCCCGACGCCGAGAACGCGGACGUGGAGCUCCUGGACCCCGUGGACUGGGACUCGAACGGCGAUUACAAGGACGUCAUUGAGGCGGUCCGCAAGGCGGGCAAGGGCAACGACGUUAGAGUUUACAAGGUGCCAAAGGGCGGUGUCCGGACGGAGUACUGGCUCGUCACGACGGAUGGGAAGGGCAAGGAGGCGAAGCUCGUGGGCGUCAAGGCGCUCAAAAACGCAGCUCAUGUUUCUGUCUUGACUCUCUUACUCAUUCAGGUCAUCGAUCUAGACCAGAUUGGCGGAGCAAUGGGCUGGCGCGGAGGUGCCACUAAUGGCAACGCCUUGUCUCUCACCUUAUCGAAGCGCAACGGCAGCCAAAUUCCGCGUUAUCGGACCCUACCACCCUGCCUGGACUAUGUAUCAACAAACCAAACACACCAACUUGCUCUCCACGCAGCGACUCACCGACGUAUUCCCAGCUUCGCCAACGGACCGGAUCAGAAUGUCGGGACCGCUAACAAUACCGCCUCACAGCGCGCAGUCGUACCGUCCCUCGAGACGGUCAGGUCCAUCCUCGCCUCCCCGGCCACGACCAACGCCGCAAAGAAGCCCACGCUCGUCCCCGUCUACCGCCAAAUCUCCUCCGACCUCAUCACCCCGUCCGCCGCCUACCUCAAGGUCUCGGCCCACCACAAGGACUCGGACUUGUCCUUCCUCUUCGAGAGCGCCGCCACAGAACAAGUCGGCCGCUACAGUUUCGUCGGCGCCGGGCCGCGCAAAGUCCUCGCCACGGGUCCCGGCCAUGGCCCUGAGUGCGACCCCCUGCCGGCCCUCGAGGCCGAGCUGGCACAGCACGUAGUCGCCCACGUUCCGGGCUUGCAGCUCCCGCCCAUGGCCGGCGGCGCCGUCGGCUACGUGGGCUACGACUGCGUGCGCUACUUUGAGCCCAAGACGGCGCGGCCCAUGAAGGACGUGCUGCAGAUCCCCGAGUCCCUGUUCAUGCUCUUUGAUACCAUUGUCGCGUUUGACCGCUUCUACGGCGUCCUCAAGGUCAUCACCUACCUCCACGUCCCCGAGGACGCGGCCCAGCUCGAGGCCGAGUACCAAAAGGCGACGCAGACCAUUGACGAGCUCGUCGCCGUCCUCAACAGCCCCGACAUCCCCAUCCCCGAACAGCAGCCCAUCAAGCUCGGCCAGGAGUACACCUCCAACGUCGGCCAGCAGGGCUACGAGUCCCACGUCACGGAGCUCAAGAAGCACAUCGUAAAGGGCGACAUCAUCCAGGCCGUCCCCUCGCAGCGCUUCGCCCGCCCGACCACCCUCCACCCCUUCAACAUCUACCGCCACCUCCGGACGGUGAACCCCUCCCCCUACCUGUUCUACGUAAACUGCAAAGACUUCCAAAUCGUCGGCGCCUCCCCCGAACUCCUCGUCAAGUCCGAGGCCGGGCGCGUCAUCACCCACCCCAUCGCCGGCACCGUGAAACGCGGCAAGACGCCCGAGGAAGACCAGCGCCUCGCCGACGAGCUGCGCAGCUCCCUCAAAGACCGCGCCGAGCACGUCAUGCUCGUCGACCUGGCGCGCAACGACGUCAACCGCGUCGGCGACCCCUACACGGUGCGCGUGGACCACCUCAUGGUCGUCGAAAAGUUCAGCCACGUCCAGCACCUCGUCUCGCAGGUCUCGGGCGUGCUGCGGGCCGGGCAGACGCGCUUCGACGCCUUUCGGAGCAUCUUCCCCGCGGGUACGGUGUCGGGUGCCCCCAAGGUGCGCGCCAUGGAGCUGAUUGCCGAGCUCGAGAAGGAGAAGAGGGGGAUUUAUGCGGGCGCGGUUGGGUAUUUCGGGUACGGGGGCGUUGAUGAGAAGGGCGAGGAGGUGGAGGGUGCUAUGGAUACGUGCAUUGCGUUGCGGACGAUGCUCGUCAAGGAUGGUGUGGCGUAUUUGCAAGCUGGUGGCGGUAUCGUGUUCGACUCUGACGAAUACGACGAGUGGUUGGAGACGAUGAACAAGCUCGGCGCGAAUAUGCAAUGCAUAACAACGGCAGAGGAGCUUUAUUACGACCAGCAGCAACAAGCGGCAGGCAAGUCGCAAGGUGGAAUAUACACCGGACCACCCGACCAAGGCACCGCCCAAUCGAUCCCCAUGGUCGAGCGGUAUAACGCCCUGAUGGAGGGUUUCGUAAGGUGGUCUAGUUCGAGUCUCGGACUAGGCACCUGA